UAUCGCGGGAAGAUAUCGUGCGAAAUCGCCAUGUUUAUUUGGUCAUGAACAUGGACCACGACUGGUAGAUGGGGAAAAGUAAUUUAAUCGGCGACUGAAACGUGUCGUUACGAUAAACGACUUAAACAACAUUACAUACAAGUUUUACUUGACCCAACAGACUAAAUGAGAGUGCUUGAGACUGAAGCGACACAGUCGUAUAACAUGGGAAAGAACCGCAAACAUAAGAUGCGAAAGGCUAAGGAAGCCUCAGAAUCUUCAGAUGAUGGAUGUGCAUCAGUGCCAGUUUGUAACCACAUCAAUAUGGCUGUCAACUUGGCUGCCAUGAAGAAAGGAUUAGCCAAACAAUUGUUUGGGGAGUGUGCGUCCUGUUCUAAGGAUAGUUCAUCUGGACGCAAGCCAGGACAAGGUGAGACCACUGACCAGGCCAGUGCAUCUCACCAGGAAGAGAGUUUGAUGGGGGACCUAGAGCCUACACUGUGGGUGUGUCUCCAGUGUGGACAUCAGGGCUGUGACCGUAACUCGCGAGAUAAGCAUGGGCUGAAACAUUAUGAGACGCCACGGUCAAGCUGUCACUGUCUGGUGAUAAACUCCUCCACCUGGACCUGCUGGUGCUACAAGUGUGAUGAUGAUAUUCCAUUAGAGCGCAGUAAAAGACUACAGGAGUGUAUGGAGUUCCUGAGGAAGCAGGCUGGUUUGCCACAGCCUGAAUCAGUGAAGCGCGUAAGCCACGAGGCUUCUGCUGCUGUUGAUGGAGCAGAACAAAUUGUCAAGGACACCAAUGCCCGUCCCCUUACACCGAAGUCUUCUGCUCCGGGACUCUGUAAUAAAAUCAAGGGCCUGAGUAACCUUGGAAAUACCUGUUUCUUCAACGCUGUCUUACAGAAUAUGACCCAAACACACUGUUUUGAGAGUUGUCUGUUGGAACGUGGAAAGAAGGGUCGAUCUCUGUCAAUCUCUGGUAAAAGUGAUUCAGACGACAACUCCAGUACAGGAGAGGAGAGUGAUGGAGAACCUCCGCCAGUCAAGGAACUACCAUGCAUUGCUGUGUCUCUGGGCGAGGCUGGACCCCUUACUCAAUCACUCAUUCACUUCCUCAUGGAGAUGAACAACAACACCUCCAACCGUAGUUCCACAGUUAACCCAAAUGCUCUCUUCAGUCAGGUUUGCAAAAAGGCCCAGCGGUUUCGCGGCUACCAUCAACAGGACAGUCAUGAACUACUACGUUAUUUGUUGGACAACAUGAAAAUGGAAGAAAUAAAGAGACGACAAGCAGCUAUCUUAAAAUUUUUCAAAUUGCCAGAAAAUGUGAAUCCAAAGAAAGUAGAUGAGGAAACUCGAUAUCGUGUCCGAGAAUAUGGGCGUCAAGGCAAGCACACAUUUGUAGACUCAGUAUUUGGAGGGAAUCUGAUCAGCACUGUUAUCUGUGAGGAAUGUUCCUAUAUUUCACAGAUCUUUGAGCCAUUCCUGGACAUUUCUCUGCCUAUCACGGAAGAGAAGCCUCAAAGGCCCAACCAGGUGCCAGGUGGGAGGAAGAAGGAAGUAGUAGAUACUGAGGUUCUGGAGGAUUCCCCAGCCAUAGGUGUCGAUGGAUUUGCCCUCAAGGGUGAUAAAAACAAUAAGCACAUCAGCAAGAAGGAAAAACGUCAAGCCAAGAAAGAUGCUAAGAGACGGGCCAAAGUUUCCAAGAACCAAGUGUUACCGAUGACAGAUGGUAAGACUCCUUCUGUAGAGGAAGGCGAUGGACCUGGAGAGGAGCCUGAAGCCACAGAGGCCCAACUCCAGAAAGAUGGAGAAGGCCAGAAAGAUACACAAGAUGAGGAGGGAAAUUCCAGUAAUAGGGAUGACCCCUCAGAUGCUGAUGUGGAGGACAAUUUGGAGAGUGAUGUGAACAGGUUUGCGAGUUUGUCCACAUCUUUUGGAGAGAAACAUGUAACUGAGGAGGAGCAGGGAGCUGUAGGUGGCGAGGAAGAUAAUGACACUUGCCCUUCAGGUUCUGUGGUAGAGUCAAUCAUGCAGGAAUCAGGCGGAGCUGGAAAUUUGUCUGAGUCUAGUGGUACAUGUAAAGGAUCCCAGGGAACUGAGAGUAGCACUGGGGCUGGCUCCAUGAGUGGGAGUACAAGCACCAUUAAACAAGGGCAAGAUAGCCCUGAGGAGGGUCUAGACCAGAGCAGGGACGGACCUAGCAAUGGUCACAUGUGUAAUGGGGAGGAGGGAGGACAUUUCAAAGGGAGCAACGAUCACAGAUGUAAGGAGGAGGGCCCGAGUGAUAGGACUGAUGGUCGAAAUGGGCUCUGUCAUGUCGCAAACAGGGACAUCAGUGGUGAGAGGGAAAACAUCAGCGAUGAGGGGGAGAGGAAACUUAGUGCUAGUCUAUGUAAUGGGGAGCUGGAAAAUAGAACUUGUGGCAAUUGUGAUGUAGAGAUGGUGAGGAAAAGUCUUUCAGAUACGCAUAUUGUGAAUGGACAUAUAAGUAGUUGUGGCAUGCCACAGUGUUCAAUGAAUAAAGAAGAGACGGGUUUCUGUAAUGGUAUAGCCACUGAUGCUUCCAUACUUACUGAUAAACUAGACAAGCUACAUGAUGAAGAGGGCACUAGAGACACAUACAACACUACCUCGAGGAACAUGUGCGAUCACCACUCUAUGCCAAAGUCACGCUCUGUUGAGUGUUUGGGUCCCACUGUGGAAUGUGGGCGUAAUUCACCGAAGCCUUUCCACUCUCCCAGCACGCUGGAUAGUGUAAACAAGAAGGCAUGUCCUGCUCAGUGUCGCCAGACCUCCAAGCAUUCCAAACAUAAGGAGGCCAAGGUCAAGUCAACCUUGACACUGGGACCAAGAUACCAACCAUCAUCACGUGAAUGUUCCAUCAUGUCCUGUCUACACCAGUUCACAUCAGCAGAGCUACUCACUGGUAACAACAGAUUUGGCUGUGCCCAAUGUACAAGGAUAAAAAGCAAACAGAACCCAAACAAAGAGAAGAAAGAAAAACAGUACUCCAUUGCCUCAAAGCAGUACCUGAUAUUUACACCUCCCCCGAUUCUUACACUGCAUCUAAAAAGGUUUGAACAGGUUGGCUACAGUUCCAGGAAAGUAAACCGUCAUGUAGACUUUCCUUUUGUGUUGGACUUCGCACCCUACUGUAGUUCUCUAUGCCAGGGUAUCAAGCCAGGACAACAGAAAAUCCUCUACGCAUUGUACGGUGUGGUAGAACACAGUGGCCGUCUCAAUGCUGGCCACUACACUGCCUAUGUUAAGGUACGCCCUAAUGUUGGCCUCACUAACACCUUCAUGCCGUCAGGCUUCCCAAGUCGGCGUGAAUACAUCCAACGCUACAUUGAUAACCUAGCCAAUAGUGUGUCCCUGGAUCGUGAGGAGUCUAUUGAUGUCCUGGAAGAGAAACUUGUACCCCCAGGGCGUUGGUACCACAUAAGUGACAGUCGUGUUACAGAGGCUACCGAGUCCACUGUACAGAGAGCCCAGGCCUACCUUCUGUUUUACGAACGUAUAUACUAGGCACAUUAGCACUGUAGGUUUCAGAAUGAUACAACACUCAUUACUUCAAUGAUUAAUUAGACUCUCGGGUGACUAUUGUUUAUCAUUCCCUGAUCAAACAAUUGUUUAAAUUUUUAAGGAAUUUGAUUAUAUACCUAGUGUAUUGUAUUAUCUAUUUUACUUUCUCUUAUUUACUGAGUGCUUGUUGUGAACUGGCUUUCUCUCAGAACUGAUGUCAUUGUGAUAUUUCAUGUAGGCUAGUAUUUACUACAAAGUAAUCAUGAUUCACACUAGUCCCUCGGUAUUUAUGUCAGCAUACCUGUCAAUUUGGUAUUUAUGUCAGCAUACCUGUCGAUUUAUGCUGUUUGAUCUAAUUGAUCAUGCCCAUAUUAUUGCUGGUCCAAGAAAUUUGAUUGUCUAGGUUUUCUUCCAGUUUGACAAAUUUACGAGUUUGUUAAAGGUAUGAAUUUUUUAGAUAUAAUAUCAAUUAUCAUAUUAAAAGAUCAUAGUGAAUUUUUAAUAAUCAUAUUAAAAGAUCGCAGUGAGUUUUUGAUUGAAAUUUGUUCUACAAACACAUCAUCAUCAUGUCUUCCUGUAUUAUACAGCAUUCCUCACAUGUCAGAGUGAGUUAUAAGGAGUGUAAAUGGUGUAAGUAAGACACUUGUCGGAGUGAGUUAUAGAGAGGGUAAAUGGUGUAAGUAAGACACAUGUCAGAGUGAGUUAUAGAGAGUGUCAAUCGUGUAAGUAAGACACAUGUCAGAGUGAGUUAUAGAGAGGGUAAAUGGUGUAAGUAAGACACAUGUCAGAGUGAGUUAUAGGGAGUGUAAAUGGUGUAAGUAAGACACUUGUCAGAGUGAGUUAUAGAGAGUGUAAAUGGUGUAAGUAAGACACAUGUCAGAGUGAGUUAUAGGGAGUGUAAAUGGUGUAAGUAAGACACAUGUCAGAGUGAGUUAUAGGGAGUGUAAAUGGUGUAAGUAAGACACAUGUCAGAGUGAGUUAUAGAGAGUGUAAAUGGUGUAAGUAAGACACAUGUCAGAGUGAGUUAUAGGGAGUGUAAAUGGUGUAAGUAAGACACAUGUCAGAGUGAGUUAUAGGGAGUGUAAAUGGUGUAAGUAAGACACAUGUCAGAGUGAGUUAUAGGGAGUGUAAAUGGUGUAAGUAAGACACAUGUCAGAGUGAGUUAUAGGGAGUGUAAAUGGUGUAAGUAAGACACAUGUCAGAGUGAGUUAUAAGGAGUGUAAAUGGUGUAAGUAAGACACAUGUCAGUCAGUUAUAGAGAGGGUAAAUGGUGUAAGUAAGACACAUGUCAGAGUGAGUUAUAGGGAGUGUAAAUGGUGUAAGUAAGACACAUGUCAGUCAGUUAUAGAGAGGGUAAAUGGUGUAAGUAAGACACAUGUCAGAGUGAGUUAUAAGGAGUGUAAAUGGUGUAAGUAAGACACAUGUCAGAGUGAGUUAUAGAGAGUGUAAAUGGUGUAAGUAAGACACAUGUCAGAGUGAGUUAUAGGGAGUGUAAAUGGUGUAAGUAAGACACAUGUCAGUCAGUUAUAGAGAGGGUAAAUGGUGUAAGUAAGACACAUGUCAGAGUGAGUUAUAGGGAGUGUAAAUGGUGUAAGUAAGACACAUGUCAGAGUGAGUUAUAGGGAGUGUAAAUGGUGUAAGUAAGACACAUGUCAGAGUGAGUUAUAGGGAGUGUAAAUGGUGUAAGUAAGACACAUGUCAGAGUGAGUUAUAGGGAGUGUAAAUGGUGUAAGUAAGACACAUGUCAGAGUGAGUUAUAGGGAGUGUAAAUGGUGUAAGUAAGACACAUGUCAGAGUGAGUUAUAGGGAGUGUAAAUGGUGUAAGUAAGACACAUGUCAGAGUAUGUUAUAAGGAGUGUAAAUGGUGUAAGUAAGGCACAUGUCAGAGUGAGUUAUAGGGAGUGUAAAUGUUGUAAGUAAGACACAUGCCAGAGUAUGUUAUAAGGAGUGUAAAUGGUGUAAGUAAGACACAUGUCAGAGUGAGUUAUAGGGAGUGUAAAUGGUGUAAGUAAGACACAUGCCAGAGUAUGUUAUAGAGAGUGUAAAUGGUGUUAGUAAGACACAUGUCAGUCAGUUAUAGGGAGUGUAAAUGGUGUUAGUAAGACACAUGUCAGAGUGAGUUAUAGGGAGUGUAAAUGGUGUAAGUAAGACACAUGUCAGAGUGAGUUAUAGGGAGUGUAAAUGGUGUAAGUAAGACACAUGUCAGAGUGAGUUAUAGAGAGGGUAAAUGGUGUAAGUAAGACACAUGCCAGAGUAUGUUAUAAGGAGUGUAAAUGGUGUAAGUAAGACACAUGUCAGAGUGAGUUAUAGGGAGUGUAAAUGGUGUAAGUAAGACACUUGUCAGAGUGAGUUAUAGGGAGUGUAAAUGGUGUAAGUAAGACACAUGUCAGAGUGAGUUAUAGGGAGUGUAAAUGGUGUUAGUAAGACACAUUUCAGAGUGAGUUAUAAGGAGUGUAAAUGGUGUAAGUAAGACACAUGUCAGAGUGAGUUAUAGGGAAUGUAAAUGGUGUAAGACACAUGUCAGAGUGAGUUAUAGGGAGUGUAAAUGGUGUAAGUAAGACACAUGUCAGAGUGAGUUAUAAGGAGUGUAAAUGUUGUAAGUAAGACACAUGUCAGAGUGAGUUAUAGGGAGUGUAAAUGGUGUAAGUAAGACACAUGUCAGUCAGUUAUAGGGAGUGUAAAUGGUGUUAGUAAGACACAUGUCAGAGUGAGUUAUAGGGAAUGUAAAUGGGGUAAGUAAGACACAUGUCAGAGUGGGGUAUAGAGAGUGUAAAUGGUGUAAGUAAGACACAUGUCAGUCAGUUAUAGGGAGUGUAAAUGGUGUUAGUAAGACACAUGUCAGAGUGAGUUAUAGGGAGUGUAAAUGGUGUAAGUAAGACACAUGUCAAUCAGUUAUAGGGAGUGUAAAUGGUGUAAGUAAGACACAUGUCAGAGUGAGUUAUAGAGAGUGUAAAUGGUGUAAGACACAUGUCAGAGUGAGUUAUAGAGAGUGUAAAUGGUGUUAGUAAGACACAUGUCAGAGUGAGUUAUAGAGAGUGUAAAUGGUGUUAGUAAGACACAUGUCAGAGUGAGUUAUAGGGAGUGUAAAUGGUGUUAGUAAGACACAUGUCAGAGUGAGUUAUAGGGAGUGUAAAUGGUGUAAGUAAGACACAUGUCAGAGUAUGUUAUAAGGAGUGUAAAUGGUGUAAGUAAGACACAUGUCAGAGUGAGUUAUAGGGAGUGUAAAUGGUGUAAGUAAGACACAUGUCAGAGUGAGUUAUAGGGAGUGUAAAUGGUGUUAGUAAGACACAUGUCAGAGUGAGUUAUAGAGAGUGUAAAUGGUGUUAGUAAGACACAUGUCAGAGUGAGUUAUAGGGAGUGUAAAUGGUGUUAGUAAGACACAUGUCGGAGUGAGUUAUAAGGAGUGUAAAUGGUGUAAGUAAGGCACAUGUCAGAGUGAGUUAUAAGGAGUGUAAAUGGUGUAAGUAAGACACUUGUCAGAGUGAGUUAUAAGGAGUGUAAAUGGUGUUAGUAAGACACAUGUCAGAGUGAGUUAUAGUGAGUGGAACAGCCACCUUUAGCUAUCAUAGCUGACUUUACAAGAGGACAAAUUUAUUCGGAUCUGUUGGGGGAAUCAAUUUGUCACUUAUUUCUGCGAUAAAUCAUGGUGUGUUCAUGAUGGGACCGGAAAUUAUUUUUCCCUUAAAAACAUAACAACAAAAUAUCGCCUUCUGCAAAGUAUUUGUUUGUAAUUUAGAAAUAUGAUUCACACUUUUAUAUGUUUGAAGAAAUCUGUUUAAGAUAAAUAGAUUAAAGAAAAAGUUCAAAUCAUAGACUAAGUCCUGCUUUAUCAUUGAGUAUUCAGAACUGUGGAGGGAAGGUAACUCAUACAAACUCCAGUUGAUACAACAAUGUAAGUCACCUCUUCGGUUGAUUUGCCCUCAUCUGUCACAAACUGUUUUUAGUCUCAGAUUUUCCAGGUGGCAAUUGAUACGGGAAAUCUCUGAUUAUUUCUAAAUUUGAUACUUUAAAUGAAGGAAAUGAAGGUAGAAUACUUCUGAUUGGUUCUGGCAUCAUUUCCAAGAAUUAGGCCUGCUAAAAUGGCCAUGGUGGUUGAGCUAGUUGAUUAUGAGGUGAAACCUGGCUUGUUUCUGCAACAGAGAUUCUGAUAGCAAUAAAGAGGUUGUAUGGUUUAAAUCAGUGAAAUGCUUGUACAAUGUAUAUAACCUGGACGCGUGCUUCAACAUAUUACUGGAACAGAUAAGGCAGGCUCAUUCAUCAGUAACAAAUUAAGAUGAAUUUCUUCUAACGAAAGUUUUCAAAGAAAAAAUGUCUAAUCAUGAUACAGAUCAAUUAAUAUAUGGGGGAAAAGCUCAGUGAAUUGAGGGCACUAUAAAAACAUAGGAUCCAAAAUAUACAAUAUAUAUCAGGUGUUUGUAAUAUUGGUAUACAUAUAUGCAAAAUUGUGACCCUCACUGAAGCAAUAUAUGUUGCUACAGUACUUUAUUUGGUAUGUUUCCAGGGAUUUGUUAAUGUACAUUGUGACAUAAACACAAAGAUCUUGUGGCAUAAUUUGUCUAUGUAAGUAAUAUGAAUAGACAAGUAUUUUGUAUUUGGUAAUUUUGAUAACAAAAAACAGAAUGCAUUGAUUAGCUUUUGGUUGAUAUCAUUCAUUUAAUAUUUAAAAAAGCUAUGAAUAUCCUUGUAAUGUUCUAAAGUAACCAUUUCAGCUCAUUAUAUCUCAGCCAUGAAAUGCCAGAACUUUACAAAUACAUGGAAAAAUGUUUUAAAUUUCUUGCAGUGUUUUGAACUUGAAAUGAAUUUAAUUCUUUCAUACAACAAGACAUUUCCUCAGUAGAUUUGAGUGAAAUGUUUUUUGAAUCAUUUCAUGAUAAAACAGUGUCCGUACCUUUUGUGACAUUACAGCCUGAUACUUCAAUGUAUUACAACUUAUCGGCUCAGUUCUAGUUUUAUGCAAUAUAUAAUUUUAAUUUGUCACAUACCGCUGUCACAUUUUUUUAUUAAGUUUACUAUGUUGUUUUUGUAAUACUAAAUUUUAUGUUUAACCAUUUCAGAGAAAUGAUAUUGUUGAUAUUAAUGAGAUUUAGUUAUGAUUGUGGUCAGUGCCAUUACUAGAUAGGAGAGUAUCCGCUGGUCUGGUUAAAUUGUUUUAAUAAUGAUAAUUCAAUUUGGCUUACUACAUAUCUAGAUCUUUACAUGUUUUAUAAAACAAUGGUGAUGUACGUAGGUGUAAAACAAUAGUGAUGUACGUAGGUGGAAAACAAUAGUGAUGUACGUAGGUGGAAAACAAUAGUGAUGUAUGUAGGUGUAAAACAAUAGUGAUGUACGGUGUGGUAUGUAAUGAUAGAACACCAUACCUAUAAAAUAUAUAAUUGAUUGAAUGCUGGGGUGAGGUUUUGGGUUGGUUUCUGAUACAAAUUAGGCCAACUAGAUAUGUACCAUCACGAUAGUGACUGCCACACCAGCCAGCCUGCUCCUGUGUAAACAGGUCUGUGACUCUAAAUCAAAUGCCUACUGUUGCGUUAAUGUAUGUUUAAUUCAUGGGCUGACUAGACUGGACUAGUCAGGUACUGUGGCACAGGUUGGUGCUUGAUCUUUAAUCCCUCUUCCUCAAUUUUUAUCAAUGUUGGAUUUUUAAUGGCAAAUUAAACAAAGAAUAGUUUGGAAAAAAAUAUAUGUUUGUUUUCCUUCUCAGUAAUCCUUGUUUCCUUUCGCAGUCUAUCUGAAUACCUUACACUCUUGUUUGGUAUAUAAUGUUUCGCUUCAAAGCUCUUACCAGAGAACAUUUCAACCUUUCGAUAAUCUUUCUCCGUAACUUUGUAUAGGACAUUGCCAAUUUAUACUGAAAUGGAGUUUUCUUUUGGAGUAAUUUUCCUGUUAGUAUCAAUAAGUGAUUUGCAGAAAACACUCAGUUUAUGAUUGUAAGUUUAUGAUUGUCAGUUAAAGAUUGUCCAGUAUUAAGCUAAAGUUUUGACAUGUGUCAUUUGUUAAUUGUGAUAAAAAUUGACUAUUUUUCCAGUGCUGUUUACAAUGUGAUAUUUAUUGUUUAGAAUUGAUAUGUCAACUUACAAUUCUUAUUGUCUUAAACUGGUGGCUAUCACUUACCAGUCACCUUGCAAAUAUGUCUCCCAACAUGUGCAGUGUAUUCCGACAGAAUAUGUGUAACACAUUCUAGUAGAUGAUUUUGGGAGUAAGUAGAUAAAAAAUAUUAAUGUUGAUUGUUGUUAAGACAUUUUCAUAUUUCAAUAUUCAUAUACUUGUUAUAAGACAUAUACACAAUAGGAAUCUUAUAAUAAAACAAAUUGAUGAAAAUAU